CCUGCGGAAAUAAAGAAGCAAGGGGUGGAAACUAGUAAAUAGUAAUACUAAAACAUGCCUCGAAUUCCCCUCUCUCUCUCACACAGACACACACUCCAGGAAAAGAGGAACGCACAGGUUCUGAAGACUUGGCUGAUGCUAUCCGACCAAAAUGGAAAAGGAAGCAAAGAAGGAAGCUUUUAGAAAGUACCUGGAGUCCAGUGGAGUUCUUGAUGCUCUGACAAAAGUUCUCGUUGCACUAUAUGAGCAGAACGACAAACCUUCCUCAGCAAUUGAGUUCAUCCAGCAAAAGUUAGGAGGUCCAACUCUUGCGGAAUAUGAAAAGCUGCAAGCUGAAGUUUCAGAUUUGCAGAUCCGAUACAGUGAGCUUUUGGCUGUGCACCAAGACAAAUGUCGAGAGUACGAGGAACUUAAAAACACCCAUAUGCAAGAAAAGGAGACUGCUAAGGAGGAGGCUCCUAGUGAAGGACUAUGAUAGUAUGCUAAAGAACCUAAUUUCUUGCUACUGAACCUAUCUAUUUCUUCUGAUAUUGGUCGAAGAUCCUCACUAUUUGAUAUGUUAUAUCCUGUGCAAUCUAGUCUCUUUUCAUGCUUUCAGGGGUAUAGCUUUAGAACUUUGUCUUCUUGUCUCAAUGGUACCCCAAAAAUUGAUAGUCCCUUCACCCUAUCUACUCAUUUAGAAACAACCUGGUAAAUCAAAUCCCCAUGGAAGAGUUGAAAUGAUGGGAGUUUGAGGAUUGCUCUAUGUAACAAUUCCGAAUGCUAACAUAUCAAGAAACAUGAAUUGUUUGCCAAGACAGUGCUAUACUCAUACCUUUGAAUUUGUAA